CAGCAUCGUUCAAUCGCAAAAGCAGCAGCCACAAGUACAGAAGAGCCGCGGAGCGACCGACUGUAGCGAGAGGAGGCGCCACUCAGCCGCGCAAGUCGAUCCCCGCCGACGCCAUGCUGGUGGGAACGCUGCUGGCCGCGUGGCUGGCCGUCACCGUCGCCUCGGGCGCCAAGAUCCCCGUGGACGAUGAGGAGCCGAAGGGAUGCGCCUUCCGCGGCCAGGUGUACGCCGUGGGCGAGCGGUGGGCGACGGGCCCGCCCAACAAGUGCGCCAAGUACAUCUGCGAGGGCGACGACCAGAUCGCCGCCGUCACGCGACCGCCACCGAGGGGGCGGUUGACGAGGAGGACGUCGCGACCGGGACGGUCCUCACCCCAACCAUGACCCCGCCCCCCGCCGUGUAAGCGCACCCCGGGGCGCACCCAGCACCCGAUCGACUCGUCAGCAAAGCUUGAGCACGUCGGGUGUUGCUAACGAGUCUUUGAAUCAGAACCAAAGUUCGAGUGAAACCAAAAAAAAUUCUUAAAACAUGUGUUGUGUUGUUUUUUUACACGUGGACGUUGUUGUUUGUUGUGUUUGUAUUACGUGUGUUCUAGUAAUAAUAAUAAUUAUCAUCAUCAUCAUAAGUAAA